AUGGUCCCCGUGCUGGGCUCUGUUCGAAGAGGAAAGAAGUCCAAGAUGGCCAUGAAGGAUGCGAGCUAUGCCUUUCAGAAGGAUGCCUAUGCGGACCUGGAGUUCACCAACGACGUGGGCUACCUGCCGGAUGGCACCCCGCUUAACAAAGCGGGCAACGCCGUCAACCACCCGGAGACGAUCGGCGCGGACAAGCACGUCGCUGGAUCUCCGCUUCCCCGUGCCAAAUUCGUGAACUCGGUGGGGUACCUUCCAGAUGGCACUCCCAUGAAUGCCGCUGGCAAUGCUAUCAACCACCCGGAGACGAUGCAGCCGGACCCUCACAUGGCCGGCUCGCCCUUGCCGCCUUCAUCGUAUGCUGCCGAUGUGGGCUACUUGGUCGAUGGAACUCCCCUGGACACUGCCGGCAACAACUCCGUCAAGGGCGCGCCUGCCACCCCACCACCUGCAGCUGCAGCUGCAUUCGUGGGCUCCAGCGCACCUGCUGCACCUCCCAUGGCUGCAUCGGCAACCCCUCCGGCAGCAGCCCCUGCCAGCCAAGGAACCGCCAUGCACGGCCGCAAGUUCGAGUACAGCUUCCAGAAGGACGCGUACGCCGACCAGGAGUUCUGCAACGAUGUGGGCUACUUGCCAGACGGCACUCCGCUGAACCGAGCUGGGAAUGCCAUCAACCAUCCGGAGAACAUUGGACCGGACAGCCAUGCUCCCGGAUCUCCUCUGCCCCGCGCCAUCUUCGUGAACUCCGUCGGCUACCUCCCAGACGGCACGCCUCUGAACCGUGCUGGCAACGCUAUCAACCAUCCCGAGAGCAUCGGACCGGACAUGCAUGCUCCCGGUUCACCCUUGCCGGCCUCGGUGUACGCUGCCGAUGUUGGCUACUUGGUCGACGGAACUCCCUUGGACACUGCCGGCAACAACUCCGUCAAGGGCGCGCCAGCCACCCCACCACCUGCAGCUGCAGCUGCAUUCGUGGGCUCCAGCGCACCUGCUGCACCUCCCAUGGCUGCCACGGCACCCCCUCCGGCAGCAGCCCCUGCCAGCCAAGGAACCGCCAUGCACGGCCGCAAGUUCGAGUACAGCUUCCAGAAGGACGCGUAUGCCGACCAGGAGUUCUGCAACGAUGUUGGCUACUUGCCAGACGGCACUCCGCUGAACCGAGCUGGGAACGCCAUCAACCAUCCCGAGAACAUUGCACCGGACAGCCAUGCUCCCGGAUCUCCACUGCCCCGCGCCAUCUUCGUGAACUCCGUCGGCUACCUCCCAGACGGCACACCUCUGAACCGUGCUGGCAACGCUAUCAACCAUCCCGAGAGCAUCGGACCGGACAUGCAUGCUCCCGGUUCACCUUUGCCGGCCUCGGUGUACGCUGCCGAUGUUGGCUACUUGGUCGACGGAACUCCCUUGGACACUGCCGGCAACAACUCCGUCAAGGGCGCGCCUGCCACCCCACCACCUGCAGCUGCAGCUGCAUUCGUGGGCUCUAGCGCACCUGCUGCACCUCCCAUGGCUGCCACGGCACCUCCUCCGGCAGCAGCCCCUGCCAGCCAAGGAACCGCAAUGCACGGCCGCAAGUUCGAGUACAGCUUCCAGAAGGACGCGUAUGCCGACCAGGAGUUCUGCAACGAUGUUGGCUACUUGCCAGACGGCACUCCGCUGAACCGAGCUGGGAACGCCAUCAACCAUCCCGAGAACAUUGCACCGGACAGCCAUGCUCCCGGAUCUCCACUGCCCCGCGCCAUCUUCGUGAACUCCGUCGGCUACCUCCCAGACGGCACGCCUCUGAACCGUGCUGGCAACGCUAUCAACCAUCCCGAGAGCAUCGGACCGGACAUGCAUGCACCGGGAUCGCCUCUGCCUGCCUCAGUGUAUGCUGCCGAUGUGGGCUACUUGGUUGAUGGUACCCCAUUGGAUACUGCUGGCAACAAUUCCGUGAAGAAUGCUCCGGCAGCUCCGGGGGCCACUCCCAGCGCCCCUGUGGCAGCAGCGGCAUUCGUGGGCUCGUCCGCAGCCCCGCCCAAAAAUGUGAGGCACAGCGUCGGCUUCGCCUACACCUUCCAGCGGGAUGCCUUUGCAGACUUGGAGUUCAGCAACGAUGUGGGCUACCUUCCGGACGGCACGGCAAUCAAUCGUGCAGGCAAUGCCAUUAACCAUCCCGAGAAUAUCCAGCCGGAUCGUCAUGCGCCUGGUUCCCCUCUGCCCCGAGCGAACUUCGUGAACGACGUGGGCUACCUGCCGGACGGAACCCCUCUGAACAAGGCCGGCAACGCGGUGAACCAUCCCGAGACGAUCCAGCCAGAUAUGCACACCCCCGGGUCGGCCCUCCCUGCGUCGACCUACGCCGCGGAUGUGGGCUACCUCGUGGAUGGCACGCCGAUGGAUCGUGCAGGCAACCUCUCCGUUCAGUGA